CGCCAUUGAACUCCACAUUUCCCAUGAUGCAGCGCGGCACAGACCCGGCGGGGACAUUCAAAACUAUGGCAGAAGAGUCUGAAGUAUUUCAAUCAACUUUACACUGUGGGGACACGGAGGACACAGGGGACACGUCCACCAUUAACAGCGGGGACAAUGGGACGCAGAGGAUUUGUUCGGAUACAGAUUCGAGCUCCCCUCAGGAGCAGGACACGACGAGGGAAGGCUCAACUUUACUCCGUGUCCCCGCAGACUCCGGUUCAUACCGAGCGUCUGCGGAAAGAGCCGAACAGCUCUCAGCCGAGGCCGCGAACACACGAUCAAACUCGGAAAGAGACCUGAAAGACGUCUCCACUGAAAACAGAUCGAAUUCAAACCAGCAGAGUGUAAACAACGCGGAGGAGAAGGAGAACCUCUCUGCAGAUAUUGCCCACGAAGAAGCAGAAAACACAUCUGGUCAGAGAGGUUUGAAUGAUUCCAGUGUGACUGCCAGUAAACACAGUAUCACAGAGGACAAUGAUGCUGUGGUGGAGAGAAGAGCGCGGGAGCAAGGCUAUGUGAACGUCGUCUUUCCCGGCACUGUGACUCAGGAAUGCUGCUGUCGCUUUGUCAGCGAGAUCCUCAAGUGCAUUCUCUAUCAGAGACAGCAACUACCCAUGACGUAUGACCAGCUGGUUUAUUCCCAGAAGAAACAACAAGCCUCAAUGCAGGAUAAAGACACAGUGAUUCGCAGACCAGUGCAGUCAGCAGACAUUGACUGGCGCAAGUGUCAGCAAACCCUUCAGGAUCUGGAGGAGGUGUUGCAGCAGCUGGAGGUGCUUUUCUCCCUGAGCAGAGUGCCCCGCGUGCUGCUCCUAAUGGGUGGCUCCCUCGUCCUGCCCAAAGAGCUGUAUGAGAUCAACUUGGAGGGGCUGGUGCUGGCUGGUGGGGAUCAGUGUCUACGGGUGUCCCCGUGCUUAAGGCAACUGUUCCGCACGCUUUUCGUGGCGGACCUUUUGUCGGACACCAGACCUGUUCGUUUAAUGCCCACCACAGUCUUAGUGCUGGCUCACAGGGAUUGCGGAGUAGGCUGGUUCCGCCCUAAACUACAAUUUAAAGUGCCAACUCGUGUAAGGAACCAAAUUAUUGCUCUUUCUACAGAUCCCAGCACUUGUAAGGACACAAGGGCAGAGGGGUCAGACUGGCAGGAUUAUGUGUGGUUUCAGGCUCCAAUGACGAUCAAGGGCUUCAGCAACUCACCUAAAUCGGGGAGCACAUAGUCUGUGAGAUUAGAGCUCUCUUUCUUUAUGCUACAAUUACAUUUUAAUGGUGGUUCAAGUGAAUUUUGAAGUGAGCUGUACAUGUUUUAUUGAAUUAUGAGGUAAAUCUUUUUCUACUUGUGAUUAAAACUAUGUCAGUUCAAACGAUAGUGGAUGCAUUGACACAAAUCUUUCUUUAACUGUCUUCUGAAAUAUUGAGAAAAUGUGUUCUCAAGAUGCAUUGUUGGCAUGUGAUGAAAUGAGUUGGGGAAUAUUUUGUAUAACUUUUUUAUAUUUAUUAAGAAUGUUUUACACGUUUUUUUAUAACUAGUUUGUAAAGAUAUUAAAUGGAUAGUUCACUGAAAAAUGGAAAUUCUGUCAUUAUCUACUCACCACUAUGCAGAUGGAGGGGUGGGGGUGUGUUUGAGUUCACAAAACACUUCUGGAGUCUCAGAAUUAAACUUUGUUGCAGCAGAGUCCAGUACAAUUAAAGUCAAUGGUGUCCUUGACUUCAGAUGUAAUAUCAAAACAGAAAAAAUAUCACACACUGCAAGCCCUGACAUUCAUAUUGGACUUGAAACAAGAUCAUUUACACUGUGUUUUAAGUCUAAAGGUCCACUACCGGAUGUGGUGAUGCUAGCGGACGUAGCUACACAUGGUGUGUCCAAGGGUCCAUAAAUGCACCUUGUAGGAAUAUAUCAGCGGACAUUUAGGCUAAAAAUAUGGUGUUGGGUAGAAUAUCAAUGUCGGGGCAUGCAGACUCUUGAAUGACACCACAUGAGAAGUAUGGAGGCGCGUUUUUUCUGUUGUUUUCUUGUCUGGAAUUUAGGUCACCAUUGACUUCAGUUGUAUUGGAUUCUGCUUCAACAAAGUUUACAUCUGAGACUCCAGAAGUGUUUUGUGGACUCACCCACCCCUCUAUCGACAUAUUGGUGAGCAGAUACUGAGUGAAUCUUCAUUUUUAGGUGAACUAUCCCUUUAAACACAGACCAACACUCAUGAUAUCGGUGCAAUAUAAUUUUAACUUGAGAGGUUUAACACAUUAUAUUGCUUGUUUUAAUACAAUCAGUAGACACAUUGGAUUGCCAGGAUCAUCUGUGUGCAUGUUUACAUUUAUUAAAACCUUCAUAUGAUUUCAGCAGUGUUGCAAUUUUGUGGACACAUCAAGAAUUAGAUGUGUUGUCAUGUGGGAGGGAUCAUAGACAGGAAGAUUUGUUUGUGUGUUCCAUUUGGGACAAAAUCUGCAAUCAUUAAAAAAACAUGUAACAUAA